ACCACAAACCACAACCUCGUCCAGACCUGCUCGUGCAGCAAUUGUCCUUCUCCCAGAGCACCCCAUUCUGUGAAGCUUUCAGCACUCACUAGAAACUUGCCGGGGCUAAUUGGCGCUCAAAAUGAAGCGCAAGGCCGACUCACACCCGGCCUCGGACAAGGCGGCCUCCAAGAAGAAGUCAAAGUCUGCCGUCACUCUAGGCGAUUCUGACGCCAAGAAGCGCUUCCGCAAGGGUCUCUUCGACAAGAAAGUCCUCGACAGCUACACGAGCCAGUACGCCGAGUCGGCACCGUACAAGCACGCCGUCAUCCACGAGCUCAUUGACGACCAGCUCCUGCGCUCCGUGCGCUCCGAGAUCAAGGACAACGUCUCCUUCACGCCCAAGGAGACCGACAUCUACAAGAUCCACCAGUCCGGCGACCUCGCCAACCUCGACGGUCUCGACGACGCCGCCCUCGCCAAGCUGCCCUCCCUGCUCGCCCUGCGCGACGCCCUCUAUUCCCAGGCCUUCCGCGACUAUGUGGCGGGCAUCACCGGCUGCGGGCCCCUGAGCGGCUCAAAGACCGACAUGGCCAUCAACGUCUACACCCCGGGCUCCUUCCUCCUCUGCCACGACGACGUCAUCGGCAGCCGCAGGGUCAGCUACAUCCUGUACCUCGUCGACCCGGACAUCCCCUGGCAGGCCGAGUGGGGAGGCGCGCUGCGGCUCUUCCCCGUGCGCACGAUCAAGGGCAAGGACGGGCAGGUGGCCAAGACGCCCUCGCCCGACGUUUUCAAGGUGAUCCCGCCCGCCUGGAACCAGCUGAGCUUCUUUGCCGUGCAGCCCGGCGAGAGCUUCCACGACGUCGAGGAGGUGUACCACGCCGAGUCCCGCGAGGCGCUCGAGGCGCAAGGGGGCCGCGUGCGCAUGGCCAUCAGCGGCUGGUUCCACAUCCCCCAGGCCGGGGAGCCGGGCUACGUCGAGGGCGCCGAGGAGAAGCAGCUCAAGAACUCCGGGCUCAUGCAGCUCCAGGGCAACCCGGACCAGUACGACCUGCCGCGGGCCGCGCCGGUGCCCGUCGUCGCCGCCGCCAAGACCGAGAACGACGGCGAUGACGACGACGCCGCCGACGCCGAUGACGAGUUCAGCGAGGCAGACCUCGAGUUCCUCCUGCAGUACAUGGCCCCGACGUACCUGACGCCCGACACGCUCGAGCAGGUGUCCGAGGUGUUUGGAUCCGACUCGACCAUCACCCUGCCGGACCUGCUGGGCAAGAAGUUCUCGGCCCGCCUGCGCGAGUACGUGGCGCAGCAGGACAAGGCGGCCCUGCCAGAGGAUGCGGCGACAAUAGAAAAGGAGACGCCGUGGAAGGUGGCCCGGCCGCCGCACAAGCACCGCUAUCUAUACGUGCAGGGCAAUGCAGCAGCAGCAGCCGCGCAGAACGGGAGCAGUAACAACCACAACAACGGCAACAAAGUCAAUGGCAAGAAGAAGAACAAGGGCAAGGGCAAGGAGAAGCAGCAGCAGCAGCAACAAGACAAGCCCUCCUCCUCCUCCUCGCCCAUCAGGGAGCUCCUCGACGACUUCCUGCCCAGCCCACAGUUCCGGCGGUGGCUGCAGCUCGCGACGGGGUGCAAGGUCGAAAGCCACGACCUGCUGGCCCGCCGCUUCCGCCGCGGCAAGGACUACACCUUGGCCACGGGCCACGCGGGCAAGCCGCGGCUCGAGAUCAACCUCGGGUUGACGCCGACACUGGGAUGGGGCGAUGAGGUUGAUGACGAGGACGAGGAUGAGGACGAGAAUGAAGAUGAGGAGGAGGCGCAAGUGCAGGGAAAACAAAAACAGAAACAAUCGUCAAAGGCAAAGGCAACAGCAGCCUCCGGAUCCAAACCCACGCCGCCCAAAAAGUCCAAAGCCGCCACCACCACUUCCUCCUCCUCCUCCUCCUCAACCGCCAAAGAGUCAGAACAAGAGCAGCAGCCCACCUCGGCAGAAGACGUAGGCGGCCACGAAGUCUUCAUGGCCGGCGACGACGACACUGAGGAGGACGCCGCGGUGUACAAGACGAGCAGCGACGACGACAACAUCCUCUUCUUCCAGGCCGCGAGCUGGAACAAGAUGACCAUUGUCCUGCGCGACAGCGGGAUCCUCAAGUUUGUCAAGUACGUGAGCCGCAGCGCGCCUGGCGAUCGGUGGGACGUCUCAGGGACGUUUGAGGUCGCGGAGACGGACAGUGAUGAUGAAGAAGAUGAUGAUGACGAGGAUGAGGAGAGUGGUGAGGAAGAGGAGGGCGAGGAUGAGGAUGAAGACGGCGCUGAGGAAUGGGAUGGAUUCUCAGACUAAAUAGAGCUUUACCUUCUCAAGGACGUGGAAUGAGGAACGACAUAUCAAGCAAGCUCAGCCAUACAAGCAGGAGUGUCUGUCGACAGAAGUCCAGAUGGCGGGCCUCCGAAACUGAGCCGUGAAGCGUGCUACGUUGGUGCGCAGUCCUAG